GCGCCUUUGGGUGCUGUAGUCUUGGGCGGGUUUCAUAAAUGUCAACGUUCCUUCUUUCAAAGUUCGGGUGGCCGCCAUCUUGGUGUGGCUUAAUUUUUGCGCUUGCGGGCGGCUGGCGAGGCAGCUGAGGCUGAGGGUAAGUUUUGAAAAACUAUUCACAUGGUUGAACAAUGGAAAGUCCAAAUAACAGUAGCAACUCUUCUCAAGCAGGGCUUUUGCUUAGAAUGGGUCUCAAUGAUAACAAAGCUGGAAUGCAAGGACUGGAUAAAGAGAAGAUCAACAAAGUCAUAAUGGAAGCUUCCAAGGGUUCUAAAUUUUAUGAACAUGAGCUUAAGAAGGAUCAACAAGUUAACAAACGAAUUGAAAAAAUCCUGAAGCUAAAAAGUAAGAUUACAGACCAACAGAUUAUGAAAGCGCAACUGCAGGUGGAUAAACUUGCAAUGGAACUAGAGCGGAGCCGUGAUCUCAGCUGCACUAUUGUACACAUUGACAUGGAUGCCUUUUAUGCAGCAGUAGAAAUGAGAGACAGUCCUGAAUUAAGGGACAAGCCUAUAGCAGUGGGAUCAUUGAGUAUGCUGUCUACUUCAAAUUAUCAUGCUAGGAGGUUUGGGGUCCGUGCAGCCAUGCCUGGAUUUAUUGCUAAGAAACUCUGUCCAGAUCUUACAAUUGUGCCAUUAAAUUUUAAGAAAUAUCAAGAAGUAAGUAAAGAGGUUAGGGAAGUACUAGCUGAAUAUGAUCCUCACUUUAUGCCCAUGGGUCUUGAUGAAGCAUACUUGAACAUAACAGAGUACUUAGAAAGAAAGAAUUGGCAUGAAGACAAAAGAAAAUAUUUCAUCAAACCACACAGUUCUGCUGUAAAUGGCAAACACAAUCCAUUUAUGUGUGAGAAGCCACAGUGGAGUAGAGAUGUACACACCUCUUCACCUGUCUUGUUUGAUGAUGAUGAUCCAGCACAUAAGCAGACUGUGGAUCUUUCAGUGAUGCAAAUGGAAGACCACCAGCAGUCAACAACUCAGAUAAAUUCAGUUAUUUUGGGGAUAUCAGCAGAAGAAGUUGUGAAGGAAAUUCGCUUUAGGAUUGAAGAAAGAACAGGGCUGACAGCCAGUGCUGGCAUUGCUCCAAAUAUGAUGUUGGCUAAAAUGUGCAGUGAUCAAAAUAAGCCUAAUGGUCAGUUCAGAAUCCCCCUUGAAAGGGAAGCUGUGAUGAACUUCAUCAAAGAUUUAACCAUUAGAAAGGUGCCUGGCAUAGGAAAAGUAACAGAGAAAAUUCUUAAAGCGCUGGGAAUCGUGACUUGUUCAGACCUCUAUCAGCAGAGGGCAUUAAUUUUUCUUCUCUUUUCUGAAACAUCAUGGCGCAGUUUUCUAGAAAUAUCACUUGGUUUGGGUUCCACACACUUGGAAAGGGAUGGGGAAAGAAAAAGUAUGAGCACCGAAAGGACAUUUAAUGAAAUAAGUGCUACAGAACAGUACAAGUUGUGUCAAGAACUUUGCAGUGACCUUGCUGAGGAUUUGCAAAGAAAAGGACUUAAAGCUAGAACUGUUACUUUAAAAUUGAAGAAUGUAAACUUUGAAGUGAAAACAAGAGCUAGUACAGUAUUGUCUGCAGUUUCUACUGGAGAAGAAAUAUUUGCUGUUGCUAAAGAAUUACUGAAAGCAGAAAUGGAAGGUGUGGCCCCACACCCUUUACGUCUCAGAUUGAUGGGUGUACGAGUAUCAGGUUUUCUAAAUGAAGAUGAAAAGAAAUCUCAACAAAAGAGCAUUGUUCAUUUCUUAGAGCCAGGAAAACAAGACUCUGGUUCUAGGCUCUCGCCUAGGAAACCUGGUGAGGAAAUUUUUCCAAAAGCCCCUGAAAGAGAAAGUUUCUUCAACAAAAAGCGAGCUACAAGACAGCAAGCUAAUAAAGAAGCUUCUAUACAUGAGUCUUCAAGCAAGCAGAAUCCACAGGAUGUAGAGUCAGCACCAUCCAUUGAACAAGCAAAAGAUAAUGACCAUCAGAUCUUCGUUUGUCCUGUUUGCUUCAAAGAGCAUUGUGAUGGUAGUUUAGAAGCACUUAACAGGCACAUUGACAGUUGCCUCAGUGAAACACUGGGUAAAGAUAAUGCAGAAAUUACAAAUAGCAAGACUGAUUUGUCUCUGGAAAACCAAAAUAAUAAAUGUCAGAAAGAUACAACAAGUGAGCCACAAUUAGAAAUACAGCCAACUAAUAAAGUUGUCAGUUCUUUCAGUAGCAGUGUAGAUAGUUUCCCUCAGCUGAAAGACAAUGAAUACAGUAGUCAAAGUAGAUAUAACUGUUCUGAGAACUUUAUAUUUGGUAUGCCUGCAAAACAAGAUGUUUCUUCUGAAUUAUUCUCAGUGGAAAAAGAAGAACAUUAUGAGCAGUCCAGUUGUACAGAAAUCAAAUUGCCAUGUUUUUCCACCACUACUGAGACCAAGUCUUUAGUUUGUCCAGUCUGCAACAUAGAACAGAAUACAAAGGAUCUUGCAUUGUUUAAUAAACAUGUAGAUGUUUGUUUAAAUAAAGGCAUUAUCAAGGAGUUGACAGAAAGUUCAAAAAACAUGGGAAACUUGGACAGAGAACAAUAUGGUACAAAUUCCACAACAGGAACAAAACGGUCUGGAACAAUGGCAUCCCAUUCCACAUCCAAAAAAGCCAAGUCAAACAAUUCUAAGUGUACUAUAGAAACAUUUUUUAGAUGAAAAUAUUUUAUUAAGGACAUUUGGUUAUAGUGCUAUAAUCUGGAUGAAAAGUUUGUCAACCUGAUAUUCCCAUUUACAAAAUGUUUAGAUGAAUUUUAGUGCCAUAUUAAUGUUUUAGUUUAAAAUUACCUUAUAAUAAUUGUUCAUAUUUUGUGGGAUCAAAGUGAACUGAAUAUUGAUUUUUUUUGCUUAAUCUGCUACAUACAAUAGGUAUUUUAAAGGAUUACCAAACUGUGAAAUUUAGUAAUUUUCAACAUGUCAUUUUCAUAGCUUUUGAAUAGGAAAGAAAAAUGGAAAGAUUGGGGCUUUUCUUUAUCUGUGAAUAGAUCACCAGAUCAUCCACUGCACAAAUUAGGUGUGAUUAAUUUGGAUUCUUGUUGGGUGCUAGUCUGGGGUGAAAGACAAAAGAUUUAAGAAUCAGUCUACAUUUCAUGAUACUAUAAAAUUAGAGGAAAUUAUGGUUCUUUGUGCACAUAGCACAUUGAAAACCUUACAUUCAAAUUCAGCUUUGUCUUACUUUCUUCCUCUGUAGCUAUGAUUUUUAGCUCUGUUAAUUUAAACAUGAGAUCCACUCUUCAUUCAUACAUAGUCACAAUUUCUUUAACAAAGCCAGCUAUGUUAACUUAAUGCUAAUUUUCUGGGCUGCAUACAGGACAGCUAACAAUUUCAAUAGCAUCUUCUCAUUUGAAUCAGAAAACAACUAUUUUUGGUGGUCUUUAUACUCUUAAAGUUUUUGCAGCAUUUAAGAGCUCUCUUGGAACAGACUCUAAAGCAGACCUGAGUCAUACUGACUGCACCCUUGCUGUUUUCAGUGCAUCUGCCCAAAAACAUUUCUUGUUUUCCUUCAGCAAGGACUGGCUUCACUGUAAUGGCGAGAUUCACUUAUCACUUAAUACUGGCAUUGUCCAGUUUAUUCCUAUAAGGCUAUAACCAGUGUGAAAUCAUGAAAUCUUUUUACCGCUAACCUUAAUGAAUCUUAUGAAGUUCAAGAGUAUUUUUAAAAUAAAGGAUUUUACUAACUAUAUAUUAAAUAUAAAGAUGUGUGACGUUUUCACUCUCUAAACAUAAAUCGUAUAUAUUUGUCUACAUAAAUUGUGUAUUGUAUUUUAACAUUUUGUAAUAGAUUCACAAUCUAAUAUAUUUAUUUCCAAAGUAUUUUUAUUUAUAUAUUGUGUAAAAGAUGAAGAUUGGAAGGAGUCACAUUAGUCUAUUAAAAAUUUCAAAAACAA